AUGAUCGUGCGAAAGAGGUCCAUCAACGGCACGCCAGUCGAAAAGGGAAGGGCAAACGAGAAGAAACUCCAAAACAUUACCAUAAAGAACUACGAAAUCAGCAGCAAUGAAAGGAAGAAAAACUUUUUUGAUUACUACGGGUGUAUAUACCCUUUCAAUAUGCCCAUAAGCCUGUACAAGUACCCCCCCAUUUUUGGGUACUGCAGUUUAAGUGACUUCCAAGAAAUAGGAGCGAAGCGACUGGCCCUGUUGCAGUUCUUGGACACCUGUACCAUCAGCGGGGAGGAGGAAAGGGACUCUUUUAACGCAAAAGGGAGGAUGGAGAAAGACACCUCAGUGGGAAACUACAACGAUAGUAAAAAUAAACAAAUAAGACAAAAAAUUUUUGAAUAUAAAUUCGGAAUCCAGUCGAUGAAAAAUUACAGCAAGGAAGAAAUGGAAAAUAUAAUCAUGACGGAUCUGCUAUCCCACUACAUCUUAAGAAUAGCUUUUGCAAAGGAUAAGGAAAAACAGCAGUGGUUUUUAAAGCAAGAAUUAAAGCUAUUCAUAUUUCGAUUAAAUGAGUUAAAAAAUAUUAACGUACUGAAUGCACAUAACCUUGGAGAGAGUGAACGAGGAUUAAUUCAUUUGUUGAAGAGGGAAAAUUUAAAUUAUGAGUUUUUAUCCAAACCAGUGAUAUCCUCCUUUGGGGCCAAAGAUGAAGCGUGGGAAAAAUAUACCUCCUUCAUCCCUAAUAGAGAUACCAUCGAAAAGGUAUUUAAAAUUCCGUUCUUUCCAGAUGCCUACUUUUUAGUGAAAGACCACAAAGUGUGCGUAGAUAAAGCCAUCGCAUACGUCCCAGAUAUUUACCUAGACGCUAUUUUAGUCACCCAAUUUAAGAUAACCAUUAAGGAGUCCUUUAAAUAUUUAGAGCAAAAUGAAAAGCUGCUACUGAAUGUUCAUAAUGACAGCAGGAUAUCCUCCUUCCUGGCUGCGCUGCCAAAAGCGUAUGUGGCAAAGGAUUACAGGCAGAAUUAUGAGCACACGCAGGAAACUAGGCUAAUGCCACAGAACUUGUAUAGUGUUUAUAAGCAGUCCUUUCCCCCUUGUAUGCGUAGAAUCUUUGUCAAUUUUUUAAAAGAGAAACAUUUGAAACAUUGGGGAAGGCAACAGCUGUGGCUAUUCUUAAAAGGGGCCGGCAUGACCCUGGAGGAAAACAUCCAAUCAAAUCGGUCCAUUUGGUUACAACCAGAUAAAUUCGAUAAGGAACAUAGGUAUACUAUACGGUAUAUGUAUGGGAAGGAGGGCAAAAAGACAGAUUUUAGCCCCUAUAAUUGCUCCAAAAUUAUAAAUAACUUUCCUGUCCCUUCAAGUGGAGACACUCAUGGGUGUCCUUUUAAGAACUUUGACGAGGCUCACUUGAGGAGCCUCUUAUUCUUCUUUGGGCUGAGCGAUGAACAGAUCAGAAAUAUCAUGCCUUUGAAAAGGAGCAAUGAGUACCAGAUGGCUUGCGUGACGUUUUUCAUGGAGACGCAUCCCGGCUCUUCUGCCGACGGGGUGGGCAACCACCCCAACUCGUACUACAUCGAGAGCAGGAAGUACUACAAAGCGAAGGCAACGAACGGGGCGAGCGGAACGGGCGCGGAAAAGGCAACCGGCAGUUGAACCCCCCCACAGGUGCACCUUCUGCAGGGAAGAAAUUUGAAAAGGAGCUGCUACUCUCGAUCGGUCCAACGCGCCACGGCCGCCCGAUGCACUACGGUGGAGCCGUAGCGUGAGUAAGCGGAAAAAAAGGCAAACGUGGAGCGUGUAACGCCGCAAACGUGCAACGCCGUUAACGUGCAAACGCGCCGCCUCCCCUGUGUCCUUUUUUUGUGUGCGCAUUUUUGGCCCCCCAGCGAUGCACCCCAAAUGGGAAGCACCCCAACUAACCUCCCCCCGUUGGCAAGUCCAAUGCGACUACUCAUUUUGGGGGUCCUCCUCAACGAGCUGGCUAAUUUGGUUUAAUAACUGGCGGAGCAUCUGC